ACCCGGACCAGUUACUGGCACAUGUCCCCUAUUGGGGAUACAGCCAUAAGGAAAGGAAGGAAGUGACGCUCACGAUCGUGGUGGCCAUUAACAUUAUAGCAUGGACUAUGCGUCCCGAUGGUGGUGGCGCUUCGCAUCACGAAAUAUCUGUUUGGAGAACUGUAUGUAGUGAAUUAUAUACAUAUGAUUCAUACAUUCAAUGGAUUUCAAUUCCUUUUCGACUCCGGUAGUUUAGUGAUUGAAUUUUUGUAUACACUAUUAUUUAAGCGGAUUAUAUUUUAAUCAGAUAAGGAUUGACAGAUGAAAAAUUAAAAUGAGUAUACAAUAAGAUGUCAAAGAUACAAUGAAGAUACGAUUAUAGUGAUUAUGGAUUGCAUGAUUACAAAGUAUAAGGAGUUUGCUGUCAUUGCACUUAUGUAGAUACAACAAUUGUAGUAAUAAUAUAAAAAUGUUAUAUCAAGUGCUAUAGAGAAUUUUAAAAAUUGUAUAGAUACAUAUAUGAAAACAAAGACAAAAAAGGAUAAAGUUGAUAUGGAACCAAAUAUGGCAAAGGACAUAAAACCUGCUUAUGAGGCAGAUAAUUGGUCAUUAAAUAUGAAACAAGAACCUAUUGAAAAGCUAACAACAACUAAAUCAUUAUGUAGCAAUAAUGAUUGGUUGGCUGACAAAGCUUGCAAAAUAGAAGAUGAUUUAAGUGAUUGUUUAGAUCAAUUCCAAGAAGUACCGUUUAAUCAGAUCACCAUAAAGUUAUCAGAAAGUCAUGGAGAGGAAACUAAUUCUAAAAUGACAUGUACUCUUUGUGGGGCACGAUACACUUCACAAUUAAAAUACGAAUUUCAUAUGGAGAGACAUAAAUUUGGCAGAAUUGAUCUCUUUAUCUGUCCAUUGUGUCAAAGAAAAUCCACAAGUGAGAACUUACUAUGGGAUCAUUAUUUCUAUAUCCACAAGAAUACACAACGUUACAUUUGUAUGACUUGUGGUAAGCUAUUUCCAAAACAAUCGAAACUGAAAAAUCACCAAGACAAGUAUAACCAUUCUGGUAUAAACGAGAUUCACAUUGAAACUGAUGAAAAUGGUAUAACUAUUGACAAUACAACUAUUAGAAAAGCUAUUGUCAAAGAGAUACAAGGUAUGCAAACAGGAAAAUGUACAUUAUGUGGAAAAGAAGUUACAGACCUUGAUCCUAAUGCAAUCAAUGAUGCUAUAACUUGCACCAUGUGUGAAGGAUCAGAUCUUUCUUUAAUGGUUGAUUCAGAUGGAACAAAAGUAAUAUCACGAAGACAAUAUCAUUGUUCCAAAUGCACAAAGCAUUUUUUGCGAAAGGAAAGACUUGAAUUUCACGAGAUGAGACACAAUGAGGACAUGAGUAAACAUAUAUGCAGUAGCUGUGGAAAGAAGUUCAGUGCUGAGAAUGCCUUAUAUGAGCAUUAUAUCUUUGUACACAAAGGUGCAAGACCCCAUAUUUGUGAACUAUGUGGAAAAUCCUUCCAACUAAAAGCACGCCUCAAAGAACAUCUUCGAAGCCAUACUGGAGAGCGACCCUAUAAAUGUGAUGCAUGUGAUCAACGAUGUAUGACUGCAAAUGCAUUGAAAAUUCACAAAAAAAUACAUUCUGUUCAUGAACGUUUUGUUUGUCAGAUUUGUAACAAAACGUUCAGCAAAAAGCAGAAUAUGAAUGAGCAUUUAGAAAAGCAUUGGAAAUAUGACAGGAAAAUAGUAUUACAACAGGCAUUCAAAUGUCGUAUUUGUUCUGAGAAGUUUCCCACGUUUCGCAGUUUAAAACGUCACAUGAUAGAAACGCAUGAAAUUGAUAGUCAAGAUCCAAUAUUAAUGGAGCAGAAACCUUGGUACAAAUGCGAGCAGUGUAAUGAGAAGUUUAAGCAUCAAAUGUCAUUAAAAGUUCAUAGGGAAAAAAUUCAUCAAGGAAAAGUCAAUCCAAUAUUUCAUUGUGACGUAUGUGAUGCUACUUUUAAAAUUAAACAACUGUUAGCAAACCAUAUUAAAAGUAAACAUGAUGGUGAAAAACGUUACAAGUGCGCUCAAUGUGGCAAGGGAUUUAAUGAGACAAAGUCUUUGCACAAUCAUAUCUUACUGCAUACUGGUAAGAAACCAUACACGUGCGAGUAUUGCGGAAUAGCGUUUAGAAGGAAAGAUUCACGAGAUCAGCAUCACAGGAAACAUACUGGUGAGCAACCUUACAAAUGUCAAGAUUGUGAUGAGACAUUUUCUUCAACUAAUAAUCGAUCAAAACAUCGUAAACAAGUACAUGAGAAGAGAGAUUGUCAAAUUUGUCCUGAUUGUGGCGACGAAUGCAUUGGGCAGCAACAGAUUCGUAUUCACUUAAAUAUGCAUCUUGGUGAAAAAUUAAAAAAGCUUGAAGAGUCGUGAUGUACCCGUACUUGCGUUUUUAGAAGAAUUAUGUGAUGAUAAAACUUAAACCUUACGUUUGGAUGUGACAUUAAACGAAAAGAAGUUCUGAAAAUGGUCAUUAAUCUAAUCUAAUCUAACAUUUUCUCACUUAUGUCGGAAAUAGAAGUACCUUGCAAAAUUAGUUAGUUGAACAAGGAUGUUUGUUACUAUAUUGUAACCUUAUUUGCACGAUGCGGUUCUCCGGAUUGUGUCAGAAAAGCGGGUUCGAGCCAGAAUCAACUGUCAGGAAUUUAGAAAAGAGAUCAGCUGGAACAAAAGAAAUGAAAGUGAGACUUCGUCUUACAAAUUAGAAAAGAAAAGUAUAUUGUCCUGCAACGGAAUACACAGAGUUAGUGUAGGUCCAGCCUAGAGAAUGCUGGUUGUUAGUAAGCGAAGAAUAGAUAUAAACGUAAGCGGAAAGUAGCAGUUAUUAUAAAUAGUAUUUACAGAAGAUUAGUGAGCGGAAAGUCAAUUGUAUCGAUAUGAUGAUUAGACGUGGGUUAUUUACACGAUACGUCUGUCGGAAACGGGAAUAAUAGGUUCUUCUAUUAUUCUUGUUCUCCUAUCUUGAUUAAUGUUAUGAUUGUAUAAAUAAAAUAUGGAAUCGUGUCUGAAAGCAGCCUCCGACUGGCGGAAUUUGAUUACAGCAAAAGCGGCGCAAUGAUCAAAAUUAUCAAAGUGGUGGACUAAUUGAAAUGCAGAGAUUGAUUCUAUCUGGCAGAAGAGACGUUUUGCUCGAUUACAAGAGUAGAAGUACGUUUAUAAAUUGUGGUCAAGUGGGACGGUUUGCUCGUUGCUUUAAUAAAGGUAAGCUAGCUAGCUCAGGUGAUAGAAUGCUCGAAUCGUGAAACGUCGCCGUUUAUAUACCCGUCCGUGGUUGGCCAGGGGGCUUGAGCGGUCCAGAAGAAUUGGGCGUCGUGAUGCCUAAGAAUUGUUAUUAUUUGAUGUUUAAGGUUAUUCAGAAUUGGCGGGAUCUGAUUACUACCGUGAUGCGAAUAUCCUUGGGUGUAUUGGUUACAAUAUGUGCAUAUGGCAUGGAAAGAUGCUAUUAUUUCUUUCAAAAUAAGAAGCAGCAUACGGAUGUGCUUUGAUGCCAAGUCCAGCAUUUUGUCUUACAAAAUUAUGUUAGUAUGAUCGAGGAGAUAUUACUAAAGAUAUCAUAUCAGCCUUAUAGGACUUUGUGUCUCAUGAAUAGUAGGCACAGUGGGUAUGAGAUAUACUAGACCACCAUUGAAGUUUUGGAAGAAGUUGAAGUGCUACAUGGUUCAUUUCAGACACAAAAUAUACAGGGACCGGUCCUCUUUACCAAUAUCUUCUCAGUGGUACAAUUAAUAUUUAAAAGACACUUUUAUUAUGUAUUGUAUAUUUGUAGAUUAUAUUUAUCUAAUUUAAGAGCCGAAGAACUUUAAUAUACUAAAUAAUAUAACACUACAUGUCAACAGUAUCAAUAAGUCUAAUAUCAAUGUAAUGUUAUUCAAUCAUAAUAAACAACUGUUAAAUGUA